GAUGAUCCAACUAUAAAGUGUGAGACAGAGCCAACACGACCCAGGCGAUCCAAGGGUGAAAAUAAGAAUAACAGGAAGAGUGUUUCGUUUUUCUUCUGAUGUUCGUAGGUGGUUCCUUCCCACUAACUUCGAAGAGGAGAAGGGUCACCAACGUUUAUUCCACCGACAUGGAUACUGAAACUGCUAAGGCCAAGCUUGCAGCUGUUAAAGAAAGAUUUGGACGAGAGAUCCAUGUUUUUGAAACAUCAGCCCUUUCUUCUACGUCAAAUGCUGCAUUAUCUAAUGGAGAGGAGACUGAUGACUUCUAUGAGUUUACUGCUGAAGAUUAUUACAGACUUUUGGCUGCUAAAAAGGAAGAUAAAUUCUUGAAAACUCGAAAAAUCCGAGAAGCAGAAGAGGUGGCUCGUAGGUCAAGCAUAACCAAAGCUGUAAUUAGAGUUCGCUUCCCCGAUAAUCACACAUUGGAGGGUACCUUCCACCCAUCAGAAACAGUCCAGAGUUUAAUUGAUCUCCUUUCUAAAGUGAUUGCACAGCCAGAGCAGCCAUUUUAUAUAUAUACUACUCCACCUAAGAAAGUGAUCCAUGACUUGUCUCAGGAUUUUUAUAAUGCUGGCUUUUGUCCUGGGGCCAUUGUGUACUUCUCAUAUAAUGUCCCAAAAGGUGAUGGCACUGUGGUUGACCAAAAUGGUCCUUACCUACAAGAAGAGAUCUUAUCUCUGAAGGAUUUGAAUGUUGCUGAUGAUCAAGGCCAGCAAUCGGAGGCUGAGCCUGUGCAGUCAGCACCAGAGCCCGUUGAGGCCACGCGACCACCACCUGUUGAAGAACGCAAACCUGCUGAGAAAAAGAUUGUUAAACCAAAGUGGCUAAAAAUGUGAUAUCACUUUUCUAAAGGUCCAGUGAUCUUUGUUGUAGCAAAGGAUCUUCACCUGUGCUCUAUCUAUACGUAUAAAUGGGUCAUUGCGGUUACUCCUUUUGUGGGUUGUGGCUAUUAAAGUUAUAUCUUAAUUCAAUGUAUCAUGCGAAGUCCACAAGAACACAGCACAGUUACUUCUCUCGUCCUCAGCCCCUCCUUCCUUUUCUUAUAUAUUCAUGAAUUUGAAAUUUGUAGAUAAUGUUUGAAAACGUUGGAUAAGUUUCUUUAGGUGAAUGCAAGUAUCUCAGUGGAUAUAUGUAUUAUUUCCUUGUUAUGUUAUAGCUGUAGAGUUGUUUUCCUUUAAUCGUGACCUGAAAUGCAAGUAUCUUCGUAAUACUAUUUGCUUAUUAUUAGUAUUGAUUUUU